GCCAAAAACCGAAACAUAGAUUUGUGCAAUUCUCAUAUAUAUACUUAAUUUGCACGCUUUCGAGUGUGUCAAUAUAUAUUCUUGGCUAGCACUUUGUUGUACAAGAAGAUGGUUGUCAAAGUAUAUGGUCCAGUAAUGGCAGCCUGCCCCCAAAGGGUGAUGGUUUGCCUUUUGGAGAAAGGAGUGAACUUUGAAAUUGUAGAUGUUGAUCUUGAGGCAGGAGAGCACAAGCGACCCGAGUUUCUCACCCGUCAGCCGUUUGGGCAAGUUCCAGUUGUAGAAGAUGGUGACUUCAGGCUCUUUGAAUCUAGGGCGAUCAUAAGGUACUACGCAGCCAAGUAUGCAGGCCGUGGUCCCAACCUAUUGGGAACAACUCUGGAGGAGAAAGCAGUUGUUGACCAGUGGCUGGAAGUGGAAGGCCACAACUUCAACGACCUGGUUUACACUCUGGUGCUCCAGCUUCUUGUCCUGCCACGGAUGGGUCAACGUGGCGACGCUGCAUUAAUCAAUGCAUGUGAGGAGAAACUGGAGAAGGUGUUUGAUGUUUAUGAGGAAAGAUUGUCAAAAAGCAAAUAUCUUGCUGGAGAAACUUUCACUCUGGCUGAUCUGAGCCAUCUUCCUGGGAUUAGGUAUCUGAUUGAUGAAGCUAAACUGGGGCAUUUGGUGACUGGGAGGAAGAAAGUGAAUGCAUGGUGGGAGGACAUAUCCAACAGGCCUUCUUGGAAGAAACUAAUGCAGCUUGCUAGUGACUACUAGAUAGUCAUACCUACUUUGUGCUUCAUAUAUGAUAUAUUUCCGCACAUCUUUUUUCUCUCAUACAUGCACACUUCGGGUCAUUUUUAGGCUUAAUAAGUCUGAUGAUGAGAAUCAAAGGACAAAUAUAAACAUGGAUGAGAAAAUUGCAAGAAAAAAUACAAUAAUAAUAUUAUUUGUAUCGUAUUUAUUAUAGCGAUGACUAUUGCUUCUAUUUAAGAGAGAGAGAGAACAGUUUAAGAAAAAAAGUUGGAUUGAUUUACAUUUCCCCCUAUAUAUGCAAUAUGUAUGUGUGCUGUGUGACAAAUUAGUUGUGUCAAUAAAAAGAAUAAAUGGUUUUCUUCAUUUA